AUGACCACGGCACCCUUUUUAAGUCGUUACAGCACCGAACCGGACGUAAUAGGGAAUAUCCAAUGGGAUGCAGAUACGCAUCAUUUGAUUUUUACUCCAGGAAUUCAUUUAAAUGAGAAUUAUUGGGAAGAACCCGAAGAAUUCAAUGCCGAUAGAUUCAUCAGUAUCGAUGAGCAACAACAACAACAGAGCGGAAAGAAUAAUUUGAUCAUGUGGGGGCG